AUGAAGGAGAAGGUAGGCUACCUACACAUCCAACUCGGCCCAGGAAAUACGGUAAGGCCGGGAGGCGUCUCGAGCGACCUUAGCCUCCAGAAUGGAAUUGAUUUCAAUUAUCUCUACCAUUCAGUCUCUGAACAUUCUGACGAGAAGAAAGACGCGACAGUUGAGAAGACUUCGGAAGAGGGAACUCACAGUAGCGCAGGAAAGAAAGGAUCUAUGGAUGUACCCAAACUGGUAGACCCUGAUGGGUUCACAGACUCGGAUCGUUCCAUCGAAAAUCGCGAACAAGAAUCGACAAGGCUCCCAGAAAAUGUGGCAUUUUUUGAGCCCCUACUCGGAGACGAAGUAAAUGUUAACCCCAAGGACCAGCAGGCGAUGGAGGUCGAGGAAUCGGUGGAGGUACACGAUGUCCUAGAAGAGGACGUCAGACCUCGAGAGGUGGAAGUGGUUCAGAAGAACCAGUUAGACUCCGUAAGCAAGGAAGCAAGGAAGAAUUGA